UUCUACGACAGACUGUGUAACUGAAUGAUCAGUUAAAACUUAACUCUUUAAGCAGUAUUUGUAUCCGCAAUUCCACUACGAAAAUGUCCAAUAACGAAGACGAGGAGGAUGUCGACAACGACGAAAAACAAGAUGAGGAUGAAGUCGAAGAAAACACUGAAGAAACACCGGAAACAACAGGCUUGGAAAAAAUUCCUGAACAUAAUGAACCGGAAGAAGAUGAAGAUCCAUCUGUACAGAAAGAUUUGGCUUAUUAUGUCGAUAAAAUUGCAAAAACUUUGGAGAACAAGGAAGCUGACCCAACAGAGGGAUCCAAGUUUUCCGACUCAGAAAGCGAUGAAGAAACAUCAGAUCAGCCGGACGACGGAGAUCAUUUAAGACCGUCACAGAUGAAAUCGCUGCAAAACACCCCGAAGAAAUCAUCACCCUUUCACGAAUCGAAUCUGGGCAUAUUCAGAACGGUUUGUUUCGCGCCCUACAAACGGUUCGUCGACAUCUCCAGUGUACGUGAGUUCCGCAAUCUUCGCUGCGUCGACUUUGGUAAAAAUUACCUACGAGAUGUCUCGGCCCUAAACCAUCUUCCGUUCUUGGGUACCAUAAAAUUAUACAGCAACGGUAUUCGAGUGAUGGAUUCUCUGCGAAGCCGAUCGGUCCGAUUUUUGGAUUUAAGUCACAACAAAAUCAAAGACCUGGACAGAUCCUUUACACCUCGGUUAACAAGGCUAAAAAUGAACUUUAACCGGAUUAGAACGCUAGCGAUUGUCAGACACAGUGAAAUAAAAUGGCUACGAAAACUAGAAUUGAGGGGAAAUGGGCUAAGAAGCACUGCUGGGAUACAACAUCCGCUGCUGGAAGAGCUCUAUCUGCUCUCUUAAAGAUGUUUGUGCCUUGAUCACAGGCAGAAAACGAUAUCAGACAAAUCGAAGAUUUGGAAAACUGCCCCAAUCUCAGAAUCCUACAUUUGCGAGAUAAUCAGAUCCUAGAAGUGACGGGAUUUUCGC